AGGAAAACGAAUAUUUGAAUGUGCGCCUCGAUUUACAUAUGAAGUUUAAACUUCUCUUAGAAUUUUUUCAAAACGCUAUAUUAUACUUGAAUUCUCCGUACUGAAUUCGCAAGAGUCUAAUUUGCAUCGAAAGAUCUGAAGCUCACUCGCCGUAUCGUUCGGAUACGGGGUAGCAUCACUCGUGAAGACCAGCUACAGCACGUUCGAGACACGAACGUAGAAAUACAAGUGCCAGCGCUUGACAAUUAUACGAGCGUCGCAGCAAUUCUCUUGGCAUACGUACGUCGAUGCACGUAGAGAGGCGUUGCUUCGGAGAAAGGUGCUAGGCGCAAGAGCGUCGGACUAGAGCGAGUCGCCUUUGCCGUGACGGGUCGGUCUGCGACUUUCACCGGCACACAGCCGAUCGGCAUCAAGCAGCAAAUUCGGAAAAUGGCCAGUGUGCGUCGGUCGCGAGGAAAGCCGCGAAAGCAGGCGCAGUCAGCUAGCACACGUAUGGUAGUUUGCGCUCGGCCAAGGUCCUUCGCGCGCGAUGCCAGCGUUCGCAGGUCCUCUCAAGCGUGCAGCGCGUCUUCUCGGUCGAGACUAUAUUUACGCGCAAAGACGAGUAACAGGUCGCCAGUUACUCGAGGCACCUGCUCGCGAGCGCCGCGAGGCUGUCUUGCAUUACGCAACCGACUAGCCGCCGCGGUCGUUUCCAAGACCGAGCCCGCCUCUCCGCGCGUCACUCUCGCACUCGCACUCGGCGUUUUAUUGCACCUGCCAGCGGCAGCGCGCGCUCUCCGCCCAAAGUGCAUUCCAAGUGACACUCGGCACUUCCGGACAACAAAGAUGCAGUCGUUCGCGCGCUUGCUGCUCGCAAUUGGCUUGGUUUGCGCUGCGUCUGCCGGCCCCGUCGAGGACGGAUCGGCGCACGCAAGCAGCGACCGCACGCUCUUCAUCAGAAGCCUGCCCGGCUAUCCCGGCAGCAGGAGCAACGUUUAUGAGGUUUACAUGGAACCUUAUCUUUUUGCAAUAGGUCUAAAAGCCACGGUAGAAUUGAGAGCUCUUGGUGAGGACGGGAAUCCCGUAGAAGGGCCAAGGGGACUCCUUACUCUUGAACAACACCCGAAUGGAGUGAGAAUAUACGGAACAAUAACGGGUCUCGCCAAAGGUCUUCAUGGUUUCCAUGUACACGAAAAGGGAGAUUUAUCUAAAGGCUGUGGCUCGGCUGGACCUCACUUCAACCCUUAUUUGGUAAAUCACGGCGCUCCAAAUGAUCCUUUGCGUCACGUCGGCGAUUUAGGCAACAUCGAGGCAGGCGAGGAUGGAGUGGCUCAAAUAGACGGUGUCGAUCAUUACUUGACACUGACCGGUGUCCGUGGUGCUAUAGGCAGGGCCAUUGUUGUGCACGAGAAACAGGACGACCUCGGUCGCGGCGGUACCGAGGAAAGCGCCAAAACUGGAUCGGCUGGAGCUCGUCUUGCUUGCGGCGUUGUUGGCUUCAUUUAGCUCUCGCUCUCGCUCUUUACUCUCCCUUGAUACCCUCUCCAACUCGGACAUUUUUUUUAUCAGUCACCUACAGCGCAACCUUCCCAACGUUUCCACUUUAUUUUAUGCAGAUAGUUGUAGCCAGAUAAAAAUAACUAUACACGUUGCUCAUCGCUUUAGACAAACUGCCAAUUUAAUAGCCAGAUACUUCCUUGUUGACAUCAUUUACCAAUUCAAUCAACGUGCUUUCAUUUUUUUAUGUGUUCAUUCGUCAAUGCUGUGCUGUUAAUAUUUUUAGAUUUAUUUUUGUAAAAUCGUUUUUGAACGGUAGCGAGGACAAAAUAAAGUAUUUCCAUGAAAAUGUC